UUUUAGGUAAUUUAUUUAAACAUAAUGUCUUAUCAUUUUUCAUCAUAAGUGAUUUACAACCUGGAAGUUUAAAGUCAUGAUAUUUUGCAUCUGAAAUGCAAAAUUUUGCACCUGAAAGUGAGUUGUAAGUGCAGUUCAAUAAAUUUUAAUUGCUUUAUAUGUACUCAGUACAAUAAUAUACUACUAUAAGCAAAAGUAUAAAAACAAUAUAAUUUUAUACAACCUUUUAAAUUAUACCGUAAACAGGCAUGGAUUCUUAUUUACAGCUUUUGUCCUUCUCUUUUUCAUCAGUGUAAUUUUUAGAUUAUUGGCUCCAAAGCAAACACUGAUUUACUUCAUGUUUGUACUCACUCCUUUUAUUCAGUGUUACUUUUCAAAUUACUGACAUAGAAGCACAUUUUAGCAUAAAAUUCAGAUACUCUGAUCUCUAUGUUUCUAAUGGCGAGAGUUUUAAACAAAUGCCAGCUCUGCUGGUUCUAGCUCUUCUCAGUUAAUUUUCGUAGUUUUGAUGUUUUCUUUCACCUCUGAACAUCUCUGCUCCAUCAGCAUUCUCCUUCGUGUCCUUGCCUGAAGCUUUCUGAUUCCGCAUGCGGCUGGCUAGAUGUCUCCAGGAUUUAGGAAACAGGAAGCCAGGAGUAACCUUUCUCACUUCUUUAGUCAGAUAGCCCUCUGGGUAAAUGACAGUCGUUUGUUUGAAAAAAAUAAUAAUAGGACUACUGUUUUGAACUACUACAACAGGAUUGUUUGGAACCGUGUGGUACCUAAAGAAAGAAAUAAAAGCCAAGAAAUGCCUCAUUCCACAAACAAAGAACUGAUCCUUGGCAUCAUGGUGGGGACUGCUGGAAUCAGCUUGAUCGUCUUGUGGUACCACAAGGUCCGAAAGCCAAGGACAACAGUGAGCUUUUCUAAAUUCUUUUCUCUUGGUAAGAAGUUCGAUUCCCCAACUUUGCAAGACGAAAGCCACAGUGAACAAGGACCAUCAACAGUCUUUCAAAGAAGACAACUUCAGAUACUGGAAAAGUUAAAUGAGUUACUGACCAGCAUGGAAGAACUUAAGGAGGAAAUCAGAUGUCUUAAAGAAACUAUUCCAAAGCUGGAGGAAUAUAUACAAGAUGAACUUGGAGGGAAGGUGGCAGCUCAUAAGAUGAGUCCUCAGCACAGAGCUAGGAAAAAGAAGGUGACAACAGUUCAAAGUUCAGCAACAAGCAACAGUUCAGAGGAAGCUGAGAGUGAAGGAGGCUGCUGGAAAGAGGACCAGAGCUUCCAACCAAAUUGUCCCGAAGACCAAGUUCCUCCACAGGCCAUGCACCAUGGAGCCUCUAAUAUUUUACAACUAGAAGGAGCUCUGGAUUAUAUAGCAUACAAGACAAAUAGAAAAUUAUCUUCCUCAUCAAGUGUAUCUGGCCGCUUAUAUCUCUCUAAAGGAAGACACAGCUUACUGACGAGAUUUCGAAGGAAAAAGCGACAGCAAAGUAGAGUUAACUUUGAUUCUCAGGAAGACUUAACCUUAAACGCCACAAGAUCUUCAAAUCUCUUUAGUGCCGUUAGAGCACAAUGUUUUUCGCCCAGCAAGCUAAGUGUAGUUUCCUGUUACAGGAAUAACAUUGUCUACGAUACUCCUCAAAGUAGUCUGAACCUGUCUCGCUCAAACAAACUUCAAGGCUUAUCUAAAAGGUCAACAAAUAUUCAUGCUCAAAAACGUAUCAGCUUCUCUGAUACUAAACAUGGCCGUAAAUACUUUCCAAAAUUGGAAACAAAAGCCGUUUCUUCCAGCCAUUGGACUGUUGAGAGAGCAUCCUACCCGCCAAGCCUAACAACAUCUCUCUUUUCACUUUCAACUGUUAUUUCUUCUUCCAAUCAAGUGUCUGUUGCCGAUAACAGUGGAAAUGGCCACCUAAGUAAGGAUUCGGACGACGCCCUUCAUCACGGGUCUCAGAGUCGGAGCAGAGACCCCUCGCCAGCUGAUGUUGAGCUUCUGUCUCGGAAUAUAACUUCGGCCAGCCUCCUCCACACCAGAUUUCCUUCACCUUAUAAAAAUAUCAGUAGCUUAACUGUUGAAGUUACCUCAGGCCCCUUUGAGGAAGAGAGUUUCCCUGCCUCGCCUUUCGAUGAAGCUAUUCCUUCGCCUGUUGAAUUGAAUGAAAUAAGGUAUAUCACAGCGAACACUGACACAGAAGAUCAGAGUUUCCCAGUCCCUAAGGCAUUUAACACACACACAGAGGAACUAAAGUUGGACGUCCUCCUUCAGAAGGUAGACCAUUUACGCAUGAAUGAAGCUGACAAAAUGGAGAGUUUUGAGCUGCUUUGUGACCACAAAGAAAAGUUUAGUGAAGAGAUAGAGUUUCUGUGGCGGCUUGCCCGUGCCUAUGGAGACAUGUAUGACCUAUCUACAAAUACACAAGAAAAGAAACAUUAUGCUAACAUCGGGAAAACUUUAGGAGAAAGAGCUAUUACUAGAGCACCCAUGAAUGGACACUGCCAUCUGUGGUACGCAGUUCUCUGUGGUCAUGUGUCUGAGUUUGAGGGCUUGCAAAACAAAAUUAGCUGUGGACAUCUAUUUAAGGAGCAUCUGGAUAUAGCCAUCCAGCUCUUGCCUGAAGAACCCCUUUUAUAUUACCUCAAGGGAAGGUACUGUUACACCGUCUCAAAACUCAGCUGGAUUGAGAAAAAAAUGGCUGCUACUCUGUUUGGGGAAAUACCAUCAUCAACAAUUCAUGAAGCUUUGCUUAACUUCCUUAAGGCUGAAGAAUUGCAACCUGGCUAUUCUGUGUCCAACUAUAUGUAUGUGGCCAAGUGUUACGCUGAUCUUGAGGAAUCUCAGGAUGCUUCGAAAUUCUGUAACUUGGCAUUAUUACUGCCUAUUGUUACCAAAGAGGACAAAGACGCACAUAAAGAGGUGAAAAAAAUAAUCUGUUCUUUGAAGAGGUAAAUAAAAGAACUUAUUCUUCAGCAAACCCAAUACGGUCUUCUAGAAUUUAUCGGGAUUGUAUUUUUAUAAUGCUUUUCCCCUUAAUGUAAAGAUUAUGUGUUCUCAUUUGAUCUGAAGGUAUAACCAUGCCUCCCACGGCAGCUGCACUAUGAAACAAAUCAUGUUAUCUGGAGACAGGAUUUGCUCUGUUAGUAUAUAAUGAUCUCUGAACAUGUAUGCUUCAUUUUUUCAUGUCAAUAAACUAUAGGCUUUAGAAUGUUUGUGUAACUAAUACUUAAAUCAUCCUAAUACAAUGCACCCUAG